AUGUCAACAUUCAACGACAACACCAGCUGUCCAUCAUAUGAUCCCGACCUCACAAUUACCAACACAAACCAACCAGCCACCCUUCCGCCAUAUGAACCACCCAAUAUACAUCGAGAUUUGCUAAAAUUAGUAUCCAUAACCAAUUGUGGCUAUCCCAAUGCCAUCUCUACCACCAAUCCCUACAUCAUCCUUGAACAAGUCAGUGGGUCAUUACAAAGAAUGCGAAACUCAGAAGAACUCGCUACGUACGAAAUCGUAAAAGACGCAAUGGAUUAUUUUGACAAUCAUGGCUUGGAUAAACUUAUCCAAUAUCUAAUUUGUCCCAUGAUUGAGGACUUGAAGGAUGUCGAAAUUGAUUGGAGGAGGUUGAAUGGGGCUAUUGAGACGAUUUAUGAAUUUUCAAUAUUGACUUAUAAUGAAGUUUCUCCAAUUGCGACUACGGAGUUGUUGAAGGUGCUUAAUGGGGUGAAGAUGUCCCUGAUCAAGAGAAUCAAUGAUGAUUACGAUGAAGAUAUGAUGAUGGUAGGAAGUAGUAGUAGUGGGGCGGCUAAGUUAGAGUACAAAUAUGUCAAUCAUGCCAUAAGAAUAAUCCUAACGACUACAGAACCCAUGGUUGACUUAUUCCACUUCAUCGAAACCUGGCUAUGUGAAGCUCCUACCAGAACAGAAGUGGGGAAUUGUGCUUUGUAUUUCUCAGACCUAUCCAUAACCCUCAAAGACUGGAUCAAGACCCAAGGUCCAUUAGAAGGAGAAUCAAAGAUAUUGUUUAAAGAAUCUUAUUUGUCUUUUAUUAAGUCGAUUAGAGAUUGUCCAUAUAAGGAGGCUGCAUGGUCUUGUUAUAAACAAAUCAAGGAAGAUUAUUGUGAGAUUUUUGGAGAGUUAUUUCCUGAUCUGGAGGUUAGGGAGACUGCUGUUCUUGAGAAUUCUCAUAUUAAGGAUUAUAAAAAAGCGGAUUAUGAUCCUGGCAAUGAGAAUAAUUUAGAUAAAUCGAAAGUAGAAGACAUUCAGAAAUGGCUAAAGAACCCUGGUGUUGAUUUAGAGACAGCUAAUGAAUUUGAAAAUGAAGGGAACAGAUGUUAUAACUAUCCUUCAGAGACUCCAGUGCUUGAAUUAUUUGACGAGCCAGCUUAUGAUGAUAGACGUCCUUCCACCGAGUUUAAGAAAACAAAGUUUAGAUGGCCAUUUAAAGAAUUAUUCAAACGAAGAAAUGGAGAAGAUCAUCACCAUCAUCUCCAUCGUCGUCACCAUCAUUGCCGUGGUAAUCGUCGUGAUGGCCUUUACCAUCAUUGUCAUCUUAAUCUUCCUCGUCAUCAUCAACAACAACAACAUCAGCAUAGUUGGAAAUUUUGGAGACGUCAAAAAGAAGCACCCAUAGAAGCUGUUGACAGAGUUGAUACUGAAUGCAGCAAAAAAUAG